AUGAACAGUUCGUUCCGAUAUCUCUACCGCCACGAUAAUGAUAAUGACAAGUCGUCGAAUGCAGACUUGCAGUUGAGCCCCAAAGAAUACUUGAUGGAGGCUGGAGGCUACACGGAGCAGCAAAUCCAAGAAAUGCAACGACGAUUUCCACCACUGCUACAACUCGAUGUUCCACGACACUUGAAACCCAAAAUGAAAUUCCUCAAACACACCAUUCUCCAAAUCACGCCGCGAUCAUCGUCCGACGACGACAAGAAUCAUCAAGUGCUACCCCCGUUCGUCCAAACAACAUUGCCACCCCAGUAUUAUGGAGCUCGAUUGGAACGCAUCGUCGCUCCUCGUCAUGCCUUUUUGGUGUACGCCAAUCUAUAUCAUGGCAAAGAGUUGCUAUUAGAAGAAGAAGAUGAUGAGCAUGCUUCUUCUUCCAAUAGAUGGCAACUCUUUCUCACGAGCUGCCGUAACACCAAACAAUUUGCGGCGCUCUGCAAUCAAUGGGCCAAAGAAAAGCAGCAGCAACAACAACACAAAACUACUACGACUACUACUGCCAUUACAUCCAAACAAAUUGAGGCCUUUGAUUUCAUGUUUGGACGUGGGCUCAUGGCGGCAAGCCGCAAUGAAUUGUGCCAACACAACAAUACUUGGCCACUCGAUUUCAUUAAUGUUACCUCUGCCGAAAUGAUUGACUUGUUGAUCCAACAUGGAGCCAAUCCUUUGGAACGGGACAACCGAGGAGUCUCCUUGUUGCAUUGGGCGGCUGGAACGGGCAAUUUGGAGAAUGUCCAGGCGCUGAUGCCCCAUUUGGGGGUCUGGGUCCAAGCCGAGCGCGAUGGGGCUACACCACUGCAUUGGGCGGCCGCGGGAGCCAAUGCCCGGGAAUUUGGGGUGGGUGGGCACAAGGACGUGGCAGAAUACCUCUUGUCACAGGUGGAUCAUGCAUGUCAUCAUUACAGUAACCAGCCAACAAGCGAAGAAGGUCGACCCAGCCGAAAAGACUUGGUGUGUCAAUUGACACGAGAUGGCAACUCGGCAUUGAUGUGGGCCGCAUGGUCGGGGACACUGGAAACGGUCAAGUUUCUCAUUCGGAACCGGGCCGAUCCCAACGUAGCCAAUCGCAAUGGUUGUACCGUGGCUCACUGGGCAGCCUCGGGGGGUAACUUGGAAGUGUGUCAGUAUUUGGCGGAGACGGUAGGAGUGGACUUUACCGAACCCAAUCACGGAGGCAACACGCCACUGACACAUGCCGUGGCGUUUGGACACCCACAGAUUGUGGAAUGGUUGAGACAACAAGUAUUGGUGGACUCGGAAGAAGAUAGCAUUGCAAAAGCUCUGGCGGGAGACUUUGUCGAUUGGACAGAGGGAAAGGAUGAAAAUGAAAAGCGACAACAAGUUCGGAACCUGUUUGAGGAUUGGUAUGGCCAUGAUGAGCGGAUAUGA